CUAGCAGUACUCCAUAACUAGUCUAGACCACUAUAUAAGCUACUACUAUAUAGAAUACUUCGUUCCACCACCCUCAUUGACUAUCCUCCACCUCACAACCUCCCCCAACUUUCCACAACUACUAUACCAAGCACAACCAUGCCCCUAACAUUCAACCACCCCACCGCCCUCCUCCUAAUCGACAACCAAAACGGCUUCACCCACCCAACGCACUGGGGCCCGUCACGCUCGAACCCCAACUACGAGACAAACAUCCAAUCCCUCCUGACCACCUUCCGCAACACCCUCACAUGUCCCACUGGAUCUCCCACUCACCAUGAAAUAAUCCACAUCUUCCACUCCUCCACAACCUCCACCUCGCCCCUCCACCCAACCUACAUCACUCCCACUGGAGAAAAAGGCAUCGACCCUCUCCCUAUCUGCACGCCACUCCCAACCGAGAAACAGAUCUGGAAACAUGUCAACUCGUCAUUCAUCGGCACGGAACUGGAAGAAUAUCUCCGCGAGAAGGGAAUCAGACAAUUGAUUGUGGCCGGGUUGACUACGGAUCAUUGUGUGUCGACGACGGUGCGGAUGGCGGCUAAUUUGGGGGUUGUGGAUCGACCAGUUAAAACUGGGGGUGAGGAGGUGGAUAAAGGACGGAUUGUUCUUGUUAGCGAUGCGACUGCUACGUUUGCCAAGGGAGGGUGGGAUGCUGAGACGGUGCAUCAGGUGUCGGUUGCGAGUUUGGAUGGCGAGUUUGCCGAGGUGGUUGGGGUGGGGGAGGUGGUGGGAGCAUUGGAGGAUUAUUCUGCUUCGAGCUAGUAGGUAGAUAUAUAUAUGUAGAUAUAUAGAGGGUAUUCUAUGAUGAUGGUGUU